AUGUCUGCGACUCAAAUUACACAAACGCCACUCACAUCUAAUCAUCCGAGCCAACCAUCCAACUCGUAUCUCAAGAAAGCAGAGAAGAUAAAAGACGAUCACCAGACAGCAGACCUCUUACUCGCAAUCAGCCAUGCCGCUGUACAACGCCAACGGGAAAGCAUUCAGCAGCGAGAGAACCAGAAAAUCUUAGACCGGAAAUGGAAGGAAGAACACGUAUUGAAACCCCAAAUGGAACAGAAGAGGGAGCUCGAGGCAGAAGAAAAGACCAAGGAGUUGGUGGCGGAGCUAUUUGAGAGGGAGUUGACGCAGUGGAGAGAGCAGCGUGACAAGGCUUCAGCGAGAAACUAUCUUUCGAGAGCAGAGGUUGAUGAACAAGUACACAGAUUAGUGGAAGCAGUAAUCCAGUGCAUCGGCAUGGAAAAGCGCCGCAUGGAAGACGGGACGGAAGAACCGCACGAAAUCUGGCGCUCAAGAAUGAUUGCCCUUCGAAAGCAAAUAACCGCCGUCUGGAACGACAACGACAGAAGGAUACUCAUGGGCGUGCCGCGGUAUGUAGAGGGAUAUCCGGUCAGGGAAAGGAUUCGGCCACCGAUUUUUUUGGCGUUGAGGAGGCAGAAGAUGUCUGGGCUGAGAGGGUGUUUGCAAUGUGAAGUGAAGGGGUUGAUGUGUUCGAUGAGUGUGCAGGGGAGGGUGGUGGGGGAGGAGGUGAUGGAUAGGGGGUGUAAGAGGUGUGAGGGGGAUGGGGAUCGGUGUAUUGUUGACUGUGAGCUCGUUGAAGAGGUGGAGGAGGAGGGACAGUGGAAGGAGAAAGUGAGCCAUGUGUGGGAUUGGUGGGAUGGAGCUCCGGAGAGGGAGGAGGAUAUGGAUUCGGCGGAGGAGGCCGUGGAGAUGUGGGAGCGCCGACGAAGGGGAGCGAGGCUGGAGUUGGUAGGGGGCGUCAUGCAGUGGGUUGAGGUCAGGGGCUUCGCGCCCCAGGGUGGUGACAAGAGCGAUGGUGGUGACAAUGGUGUUGCGAGCUCGAUGGCUUGA